UGUGAGAAGCCAUUUAAAUGCCUGGAGUGUGGAAAGGCAGUUUCUUCUAAUUCUGUUCUUACUGUACAUCAAAGAAUUCACACUUGGGAGGAGCCGUUCAAAUGCCUGGUGUGUGGAAAGAGCUUCACUCAGAGUAUAGAACAUACAGAACAUCAACAUAUCCACACAGGAGAGAAUCAAUUUAAAUGCCUGCAGUGUGGAAAGGCCUUCUCUAAAAGUAGUUCACUUAUUUCACAUCAAAGGAUACACACAGGUGAGAAGCCAUUUAAAUGCCUGGAGUGUGGAAAGACAUUCAGUUGGUUUCAUGUUCUUACUGCACAUCAAAGGAUACACACAGGGGAGAAGCCAUUUAAAUGCCUGGAGUGUGGAAAGGGAUUCACUUGGAAUCACAGCCUUACUGCACAUCAAAGGAUACACACCGGGGAGAAACCAUUUAAAUGCCUGGAGUGUGGAAAGGGAUUCACUUGGAAUCACAGCCUUGCUGCACAUCAAAGCAUACACACCGGGGAGAAACCAUUUAAAUGCCUGGAGUGUGGAAAGGGAUUCACUUGGAAUCAUGGUCUUACUGUACAUCAAAGGAUACACACUGGGGUUAAGCAAUUUAAAUGCCUGGAGUGUGGAAAGGCCUAUUCUCAGAGCAAUAAACUUACUGAACAUCAAAGAAUCCACACAGGAGAGAAGCCGUUUAAAUGUCUGGAGUGCGGAAAGGCCUUCCGUCGGAGUGAUAAACUUUAUAGCCAUCAAAGAAUCCACACAGGGGAGAAGCCAUUUAAAUGCCUGCAGUGCGGAAAGAGCUUCACUCAGAGUGGACAACUUACUUCACAUCAAAGAAUUCACACAGGAGAGAAGCCUUUUAAAUGCCUGGAGUGUGGAAAGGGAUUCACUUGGAAUCAAGGUCUUACUGUACAUCAAAGGAUACAUGCUGGGGUUAAGCAAUUUAAAUGCCUGGAGUGUGGAAAGGCCUAUUCUCAGAGCAAUAAACUUACUAAACAUCAAAGAGUUCACACAGGUGAGAAGCCAUUUAAAUGCUUUGAGUGUGGAAAGAGCUUCAAUCAGAGUGGAAAACUUACUAAACAUCAAAGAAUUCACUCAGGGGAGAAGCCAUUUCAAUGCCUGGAGUGUGGGAAGCUUUUCACUCAGUGUGGACAAUUUACAGAACAUCUAUGUAUCCACACAGGGGAAAAGCCAUUGUGGAAAGACUUUCCGUUGCAGUGCUUUACUUAG